AUGGACACCCCGGUUAAGACCAACACACAAUCCCAGACGUACCCAUCGACGUCGCCAUCCACUGCGGCGACCUCACCGAGAAUUCUCGACUCGCCGAACUCACCCACGCCCUCUCCCUCCUCCGCACCAUCAACGCCCCCCCUCAAGCUUUUCAUCGCCGGCAACCACGACUUCACCCUCGACCCCCUAGCCUUCCUCCCCAAGACCACCUCGAGCCAAGGCGUUUUCCAAGCCCCCGCCGGAGCAGCCACCUCCCUCCUUGAACCCGCCUCCUCAGAAAACAUUAUUUUUCUUGACGAAGGCACUCGUACUCUUGCCCUCGCAAACGGCGCCCUGCUGACGGUGGACAACUCCAAGGCGUUCACUCACAACCGGAAGAAAGGUCAUACAUUCAAGAUCCCGAAGGAGGUGGAUGUGGUGAUCACCCACUCCCCACCGCGUGGCAUCCUCGGUAAAGACUACAACAGCAAGCAAGCCGGGUGCGACUACAUCUACGAUGCCACCGCGACAGCUAAACCAAAGCUGCACUGUUUUGGGCAUAUACAUGAGGGUUGGGGGGGCUGA